UUAACAACAAAAUCUUAUAUGGGUCCCAAGGUCAUAUAGGUUGAGGGACACUGGAUUAGGCGAUUUAAAAAUUACGCUAGUCCACACUUAACUAUAAAUUUUUGAUGCAGAAGACAUCCUUGGGAAAUUAGCCAACGUAAUUAAUUAGCUCGAUACAGCAAGCACUAUUAAGAAUUGAAACCAAAAUCUAGAGGGCAAUUAAACUCCCCGGAGCCAACAAAUUACAUAUUAAUAACAUGUUGGACGAGACAGUGGAGCGGAUAAAGUAAGCAUAGGUCAAGAGUUCAAAUCCGUUAUUGGCGUUUCAUUCAAUGUGUUUCAAGACAAAACGCUAUUUUAUUCGUUACAUCAGUUCAUCUGUUUGUCGUGGAUAGGUAGCAAGCCAUCGAGUAUUGUACAGUCUCAGUCCAGCCCUGUUCACUUUCUGGUUCUGAUUGCGAUAUAUUUUGUAGGAGAGCCACGUUAAAUUCAUCACAAAACACAUGACAUCCAUUGUGAAUGUUUUCCGAGGCAACAAGGAAUUCCUCACCAAUAAGCUGGCUCCAAUCAAUCCACUUUACCUUUCCAGAGACUAGCUCGAACUAUUUGAAUUAAUCGACAUAUUUUUUCCUUACUUAAUUUUUAUAUAUUUAUUUUUAAAAUUACGAGUCAAAAGUUCUAACAGCUAUUGUCGUAUAAUUUAUAUCUCAGAAAACUUUCCCGAAACCUGCUCCGUGGGUGUGACGUCAGAGUUUGUUGCCUUCAUAUUCAUCGUGAUUCCUUCAGAUAUGGUGUUCGGAUUACUUGUUGGCGGCUAUGUCUUUACCUCGUUGUUGCUUCUUAAAUACCCGAAUUUAUUACACAAAAAGAAACGAAUUAAGUUUACUGCACGUCAUAUUAGCCAUAGAGGCGGUGCUGGUGAACACUUGGAAAAUACAAUGACUGCAUUUCGACAUGCUACAAACACAGGAACAGAAAUGUUGGAACUAGAUUGUCAUCUAACUAAAGACAACCAAGUUGUUGUUUGCCAUGAUAACAAUUUGCUUCGAACAUGUGGUUGUGCUGUACUUAUAUCCCAAACAGAUUAUAAAGAUUUACCACCUAUGAAAAAUGAAUUACCCCUAGAUUUCAACCCCAAUGUGUCAACUGUAGGUGUCAAGGACCGCCACAUUCCACUCCUUAAAGAGGUCUUUGAUGAUUUCCCGUCCCUACCUAUCAACAUUGAUGUAAAGGUUGAUGAUGAUCUACUCAUUAAAAAGGUUUCUGAUCUAGUGAAGGAAUACAAUAGAGAAGAAAUCACAGUAUGGGGAAACAGACAAGAAACUAUUAAUGGUAAAUGCUUCAAAUGUAAUCCUAGAAUUCCAUUGGUAUUUUCAUUUCGUCGAGUCCUCAUUUUGUUGGCAUUAUUCUACAGUGGAUUAUUACCUUUCGUGCCAAUAAAGGAAAGUUUCCUUGAAGUCAUAAUGCCUAGUAUCGUCUUAGAUGAAAAAAAGUCCCUACUUCAAUUCAGCAAGAACAGAAGACUGUUAAUACAAUUCUGUGACAUAAUUCUUAUGCGACCACUUUUAUUUGAACAUUUAGAAAAACGAGGCAUUCAGGUAUAUCUCUGGGUGUUAAACGACGACGAUGAGUUUGCCAAAGGUUUUAAACAUGGUGCCACUGGAAUCAUGACAGAUUACCCUACAAAACUAGUAGAUUUUAUAGAGAAAAAUCCUCAAUUUUUCCAACGAUAAAUAUUGUGUCAACAGUUUUAUUGUGUGAUCAACUAAAUUUUGAUUUCUACAUAGAUAGCAAACCAUCUUUGUGUUGAAAGUUCUUCACUUACUUCUCUAAUUCAUUAUUACCCAGUGAAAUUAUUUUCCUCCUGCUUUCUCCUAUUUUCUUACUAUUUCUGUUUUCUUCUGAAAUUCUCUUUUUCCCCCCAUCUCUCUCUCUCUCUCUAACACAUAACUGCAAAUGAACAGAAUCAAAGUCAACAAAAAAUCUUUCAUAAUUAGCUUCUUAGACUCCGUCUUGAGUUGUUGCUAAAACUAAUACAAAACUAGUCAUUAUUAUCUAUAUUUAUUUAUUAUUUUCCCUGUAAUAUCAAUUUAGUCUCUAAUCCUUCAUCUUCUAUCUUACGUACUUAGGUUCUUGAUAUGUUGUGUGUCAGUGCUAUGAAGAUAUUGUAAACUGUAUACUUGACUUCAAACUCAGACCAAAUUUAAUAGAAUUACAUUUUGAUGAUGAUACUACUGCUAUCAAUGUUAUGAACCCUGGAAAGUUCUGCAAAUUCUCCCUUUCUUUUUGUUAAUUGUGAAGUUGGUGCUAGAAACAAAAUCCCUGACUACAAAUAUUAAACUAUUAAUUAUGUUUUUUAAGUGAAAUCACAACUGUUUAAAUUAUUGAAUUAUUGUAAUAUAAUUUGAUUUGAGAUAAAAAGAAAAAGAAACACACACGAAUGAACAAAAUAAUUGACUGGACAUUUUUUUCCGCUACAUCAGUGUCCAUGGACUUUGGUCUAACAUUGAGUCUGACUACCACUACUAAUACUAUUUACAACUCUUAUUUCUUUCUGAGACACAAAUCUCUCAUUCUCUGUGUUAUUCAUGUCAGCUGUCAAGAGUACACUCUCAAGUCAAACUUUCAGAUUGGUGGUAUAUGUACUCACCUGGCUAGAAGCAAUAAAAUAUUCCAAUUAUUCUGAUUAAAAAAAAACAAACAAACAAAACAAAAAAACUAUCUUCUCUAUCUCUCUAAAAGCUUCAAACAGCUAACAUUUGUUUAACUCUCUUUCAAGUUUUGAACCACUGCAAUCUUCAUGUGAGAACAGGCUUUUCACAUGAAGAUCGCAGUAGUAUGAAAUUUGAGUCAUGAAAUAACUAUUUAGUUUAAAUAGACAAAUAACGUGUGUGUGUGUGUAUGUGUGAUUCUCUCUUGAAAAUAUCUAUUUAAUUUCACCUGAAGCCAUUAUUUAUUUUUGGUUGAUUUCAAUACUCAAAAUUCUUCUAAAGCUUGUACACUCCAACACUACUGGUGCAGAGACCAAAUCAUUUUCCAUCUUGAUCAGACUGAAUCAGAAAUUUUCCUCACCUACACAUAUCUCAGACUCUCCAAGCAUCCUCGAACUCUUUCUCUCCUCUAGAUUUAGCUUUUCCCUAACUAUCUCAAUCUUUGCCCUUAUGAGAUUCAGUCUCAUUAAGGCAACCCAUUUUAUAUCAUUCUUGUACACAACAACCCAUGCUCAUGGUAUUUAAGUCAGCUAGCUGGUUGAAACUCUGCAAUUCUCUGCUGAUUAUUCUAGUAGCAGAUGUUUAAUCUGUAACCCAUGUGUGCAGGUGACCUGUACAGCCCUUUAAAUUUGCUCCAAUGAGCCGUUCUUUGAACCACAUUCCAUUCCACACAUGUACUGCUUCAUCAACAGAUAAUUUGAAAAUAUCCUGUUGAGACAACCCAUUCUGCUUCAACAGCUCUAAAAGUCAAUCACUACAUAUAUUGAGUUAAGAGUCUUGUAUUACAUGCUUCUUCUAAUAUACUGCUAAAAAUCAUCAAAGUCAUGAUAAAUGUCAGGCUUGCAAUCCUCUUGAGGCAAUCUCACAAUGCUAAAACUGACUGCUUCCCACUGCAAUGGUUGGCUAUAACUGCUCUAACAUAGCAUUUCACCUCUUGUUACAACUUUGUAUUAUAUCUUUCAUAAGAUUCAGCAUCUCGAGAUUAGCUUUCAUUACAUCCUUUAUCUUUUUCUACAGGCUCCUUCCAACUAGAAUGCUUGAGCCUUCUUUACCAAACUGUUAGCCUCUAUACACAUCACAAUGUCCUUACCAGCACAGUUUUCUUUCUUGUACACUACAACUGAUUCCUCUAAUUCCCAUUUCCUCUCUAAGGAUACAUGCACUUCAUCAUUCAGGCCCACUAACAUUACACAUCUAGCCUUCACAUUCAUUGCCCAUGUCUUGCUAUCAUACAACAUUACACUUCACAUAUCAACAUCAUAUAAUCUGCCUUUCAGUCAAUGAGAGAAACCUUUUAUUGCCAAUGGAGGUAAUAAUUACCUGAAUCUUUUUUCACAAUGUCUAAAACACCUACCUCCACUGCUGAUUAAGUCAUCUGGGUAGUAGAGACUAUGAACUAAAUCUAGUAAACCUCCUGGUUGUCAUCUACCUUUGCACUUCUUUUUACUAUAAACCUACAAACUCUCAUUCCUGUUUCAAUUUUUCUUCUCUACAUCACAUUCUCAUAAUUUCUCAAACUCUUCUGCAGUAAAAACUCUGGUUUUUAAAGCAGAUCACACAUGUCUGCAGCCUGUCAAAAGAAUCUUCCCUGUAUCAAGCCCAAGCUAUGAACUAGUCAAUUGCACUUACACUAUGCUUAGUUAUCAGAUUAUUCCUUUCCUCAUCCUCUACCCUGUGACCUACCUACUUCAGAACAUUGUUAUCAAUUUCAGCCUUUUUUCACUUAAACCCCACAAUCAAUCCAAUUUUUCUCGAGCCUUUUCUCUUCUCCCUCAAAAGAGAUGCAAGUGUAUUAGCUUUCUGCUCAGAAGUUCCCUUAUUCAUAGUCACUCCCAACUUGGAUUAUCCACUUGUUCCAGCCCCCAGUGUUGUGCAUGCCUCUUCAUCAUCUAAAUCAUACUCCUACUAGACCACAAAAUCUACAAUCAAUAUGACUAACCACUUCAAUUCUUCCUACUUAAAUCUAAUGCAGUAGAUUAUGCUAAUUUUGCAAUGUAUUGUACACAGACAAGAUGGAACACUGAUUGGGUGGCCUAUUCUGUGAGCAUUUCCUGUAUAUCUAUAACAUCAUCCAAGGAUUCUUCAGAUCUGUAGUCCAUUACUUUAUGUUGGUAAACCAUUCCACUGACCACCUAUCUGUCUGUGGUGGUCUCUAACAAAGUUCUCCUCUUCAGCCUUGGAACUUCUGUUCUACAAGGCAUGAACUUACAUCUCAAUCUCCUAUAAUUUUUGCCUUCCAGCCCACUAUUUUUGUUAUAUUUACCUUCAUUGUUUGUUUCCUUUUCCCCCCAUUUAAGGAUGUUCUAGAUCUAUACUUUAUCAAUUCUUUGGGUGUAUGUACGUUUGAAUGCCUAUACUCAUAUGUACUUGUAUUUGGAUGUGUGUUUGCAUAAAUAUUUGCGUGCAUAUGUCUAUAAGGGCAUUUAUGAGUAUGUUUACUGUUAAUUUGGCUUAACUAAAUUUAGAAUUUUCUUGGGCUCCCUUGUACCUACAGCUCUAGGGGAAGCCUUUACUAUGCUUGACACUAGCGCUUUUAACCUUCUCACUCCAAUUCAUAGCUUCUUCCUCUUCUUUUACACUACCUCUAUCUGGCAUUUCCCCCUUCCAUGAGUGCCUUUUUCUAAAAUAUUUUUCAAAUAUCGUUGUGUAUAGUGUUGCUCUGUCUCCCACUUCUUUCACCUACCCCCCCCCCACUUUGCAUUUGAACCCCACUCCUGCUUAGCUUGAAGCACUGGCUCUUUCUAAGUUUCCUUUCCAAUUCUAGCUUUCUCUCGCAUUAUUCACCUCACUCUCUCUUACCUAUUCUCUUUUUCAUUCUCUAUCAUCAUUUCCUUGACUACCUCUAAAAUAACAUCACUACAUUCUCUCUCUCUCUCUUUCUCUCUCAUGAUAAGGUUCCAAAUCAUUAGGUUCUUCAUUCCUCAUGGUAACUGAACUUACCAAACUCUCUUUCAUUUUGACUAAUUGUUACCAAUACUGCAGACCAUCAGUUUCUUCAGAUUCAAGAUUUUACCUCCUGGGCACUUUGAUGUAUAUGACAUGUCAGCUGAUAUAAACUAGAAUCCUGUACAAAUAGCUGAGAUAUGAUCUAGAGGGUAGCAACUCAGAUUACCUUAAAAAGAAACAUGAAAUAAUAAACAAAAGUAGUGUUAGAAAUAUUGUUUUGAAAAUGUCACCUACCUGGGACCAAUGCUGUUUUAAUUUCACUUUUUUGAGAUUGAAAACAGUUCUCUUCCCUGUCAAUUACUGGAUUUCUAAUAACCAUAUUAACCUGGAUAAUUAUUCUACUAUUGCAAUAAUAAUGACCUUAAACAAACAAAGUGCAUUUAUUUUGUAGUAUAAAUUAUUGCUGUUGUGAUUGACUAUUUGUACGUAAUUCACCUUUUCCUUUUCUUGGAAUCAUACUGACUUGAAAUGUUAAUUGAUUAAAUUGUGUUAGUAUAAUUUUUCGACAAAUUGAAGUCUGAAUGAGUCAGUAGUCAUGAAAUACCUGGUGUGAGUUCACUUUAGGUAUGUACUUCUAGAGAAGUUCAGUCAACAGGAGAGCCACUAUGUAGUCUUGACCUGCUAGAAAUAGCAGUCAAAUUCCAUCAACUUAUAUCCUGCCAUCUUUAAAAAAAGAAAAACACAUUGGCAAAUAUAGUCUGGAAUAUAUAAAACAGUAGGGUGAUCAGAGCCAAAAUGCUUUUGGUUGUAGGUCUGCCUUACAAAAGUUGAUCUGGAGUCAAAACAACACUACAGAGAAGUGCUCUAAUUUAAAAAAAAAAAGAAAGUAUUUUGUAACUAAAAGUGAGAGUCACUAAAUUACAUGCAUCAAAAGAUUCAACUCUUUUGAUACCAACCCCCUGGAGGCCAGCUCUGUUUUAAAAUACAAAACUGCCCGUUUUGAAGUGCUUAAAAUUAAAGUUAAAAUUUCCCAUAAUUUUAUGUAAAAAAAAGUCCUUUGAAGUUAUGUUCCAGAUAUCAGAUUAAAAUGGAGUUAUUUUACUAAAUCCUGCCAAAUUCUGUGUUAUUUUGAAAAUUAAUUAAAGCAUUACCUAAGAAUAUAUAGUCACAGGAGGAUUAAAAUGAUAGAAUCAUGCCAUAUUAUUUUCUUGUAAUGUCUUAUUUCCAAUACAGUUUAUAAAAGGCUAAAUUUUUUUCUCCGUCAAAUUUACAAUGUGAUAGUCUCUGUUUGUCUACAAUUUGUGAAUGCUUACUACAGGUGAAAAUGUUUUUUGUUCUUUGAAAUAGAAGCAAAUCAUUACAAAUCACAUAUAAUCAGUCUCUAAUCAGGUUUUCAGUAUAUCCUCAUUAUUUACCCUUUUGGGUUUCAUAAAAAGUCAUUUUUGUUGAAAGUGAAUAUUUCUAUAAUUUAUUUAGGAAAGACAUCGAACAGCUAGGAAGCUGACUCAUCAGUAACAUUCUAUUCUGUGUUUAUAAACCAUCCUUCUGUAGUUGAAAAGAUUGUUGUUUUAAAAUGAAAAAUCUGUGUUUGGCAUAUAGUAUGUUAAUAUUUUUGUCAUAAAAGUCAAACUUCAAUUGGUCAGUUAUAUGUAAGGAUGUCAUUAGAUACAUAUUUCUGGUUUUACUUUUACCUUUAACUGAAGAUUUGAAACUUAGGUUGUUCAAUCUAUUGAAGUUCUUUUCAGAAAUAUUUCAACUCAACAUUGGGAUUAUAAUUUGUUAAGUAAUUCUUGUAGUUGAUCUGUUUGUUUUGUUUUUUUUUAAUUAAAAAAAAUUUUUUUUACCAAUAAUCCUAAGAGCAAACAUUGCUGUAUCCCUUUCUCUAUGCACGACCAGGGAAGAAUGUACCUUUGCUGCUUACAGUGGUGAAUUGUACCUACUCAUGCUACUUAUUUAAAGAUUGAGUCAGUGUAGGAGUUUUUACAGAGACACUCAACCCAAUAGAAAAAGCAGCUAAAUCACUAUCUACUGUCCUUAAAAAUGUAUAUGUUGAAUAAUGUAGUCUCAUGUCCACUGGAAACAAAAACAGACAAGGUCAUGACUAGAAUGACUUUGAUCGUAUGUCUGCUUGAUAGAGAUAAUUUAAGGUUAAACAACUCAUUCUAGAAAGCAGCCAUCAGCAAAGCUAAGACAGAUAAAGCAAAAAUAAGCCCAUUCAUAAUAAACUAUUUUCUCACUUCAACUCCACUCUCUGUCAGUUAUUACAGUGGUUUUUACAAGGAAACCACUACACAAUCACUGUAUCUAGUAGAAAUAGUUCCUGAAGCUUCCACAAACCAUUACCUACUAACGUACUCAUAGAUCUCAUUGCCUGAAGAAGAAAAGAUAGGAUGGUCAUGAGAUGCCUUCGAUCAUAAAUCUGCUUAAUCAUGAUGGACUAAACAAUAACUAUUCAUAAGUAGGGCAGAGUUCUAUUGUUUGGGUCAUGACAACAUCAUAAACACUUUCAGAAUGCUAGUGGAUAGUUUCAGAACCUGAUUAUUCAACCAACCAUAACUUAACCAUUCAACAAUAUUUCUACAUUUGCAUUAAGGUUAAUUUAUCACACAAAGAAUUACCAAAUGUUAAUGAUUAUGAUCUCAAUCUGAUUUGUCUUCAAGUAAAAGAAUGAACGAAAAUAACAUACAAUUAAAAACAACUUGGCUUAGCUGGGUUUUUUUUUUUAGAUGUCCAACUAAUAUAACUUCAUUUUUUUUUUGGCUGAAUUAAUCUGCAGGAAAAAGAAAGAAUAUCUCGUUUCUAAAAUGAAAUAGCUGAGAACUCAGUUGAAUUAAAAGUUAAACAGUUAUGUCUCUUGCUUAACUAAUUUUAGUUGUUUUUAUUUUUCCUUUAUAACUUUUGAGUAGGCCAACUUUACUUAAAACAUUAACAUUUUGGGGAAAUUCCUAGUAACAAAAAAAUGUUUGGAAAACAAACGAACCUUUGAGCUUUCAAUUACUAAAAUGUUGAUAGAUUUAUAUCCAUUCUUACAAAAAUAAUGAAAAAGAAAAAGAAACCUAGUCAAAAUUUAUUUUUCUGUCAAGAAAUAUUCUUAUGUCUUUCAAUGUUUGCCAUAGUAAUUAUUAUUUUUUUGCUCUAUCCAGUAAGUAGAAACUGUAAGUAAAGAAAGAAUUUGUGAAAAAAAAAUCUACAAAAAAAUACAGAAUUUCUUAGAAAUAAACUAAUUUUCGAAACUGU